UCUUGACUUGUCCUUCAUCUUUGGUUUGUCUAACCAUCCAAGAUGGCGGCGCUUGUGGGACUGCGUGCAUGUUUCUCCGCCCUACAGCUUUCCUCGCCGAGCCUCCUGCACAGCUCGUUCAAACUGUGUGCCGUGCCUGUGAGUCGGCGGACCUUUGCUGCGGAGGCUAAGAAGACGUACAGCAGAGACAAACCCCACGUGAACAUUGGAACAAUUGGCCAUGUAGAUCAUGGCAAGACCACCCUGACUGCAGCCAUCACAAAAGUGCUCGCCGAUGCUGGUGGUGCUCGCUACAAAAAGUAUGAAGACAUUGACAAUGCCCCAGAAGAGAAGGCCAGAGGAAUUACCAUCAAUGCCUCUCACGUAGAAUACACCACAGCCAACAGACAUUACGCCCACACAGACUGUCCUGGCCACGCUGACUACGUCAAGAACAUGAUCACAGGUACGGCUCAAAUGGAUGGCUGCAUCCUGGUGGUGGCGGCCACCGACGGCCAGAUGCCUCAGACACGUGAGCAUCUCCUGUUGGCCCGGCAGAUCGGCGUCGAGCACGUGGUGGUUUUCAUCAACAAGGCCGACGCCGUUGAGGACAAGGAGAUGCUGGAGCUGGUGGAGAUCGAAAUCCGCGAGCUGCUCACAGAGUUCGGCUAUGAUGGCGAGAACACACCUGUAGUCAUCGGAUCUGCCCUCUGUGCCCUGGAGGGCAAACAGCCUGAAUUGGGCAUGAAUGCAGUGAUGAAACUGCUAGAGAUUGUGGAUUCUUACGUUCCUCUGCCCAAAAGAGAGCUGGAAAAGCCUUUCCUUCUUCCCAUCGAAGGGGUUUAUUCAAUCCCAGGCAGGGGUACAGUCGUGACAGGAACUCUGGAGAGAGGCAUCAUCAAGAAAGGAGACGAUUGUGAGUUUGUGGGUCACAAUCGCAGCUUCAAGUCUGUGGUGACAGGUAUUGAGAUGUUCCACAAGUCUCUGGACCGGGCAGAGGCGGGAGAUAAUCUCGGUGCUCUGGUCCGAGGCCUGAAGAGGGAGGACGUGAGGAGAGGGAUGGUGAUGUGCAAACCAGGAUGCAUCAUGCCUCACCAGAAAGUCAAGGCCCAGGUCUAUGUUCUGAGUAAGGAGGAGGGAGGAAGACACAAACCAUUUGUCACUAACUUCAUGCCUGUCAUGUUCUCUCUCACCUGGGACAUGGCCUGCAGAGUCACUCUUCCCACUGACAAGGAAAUGGUGAUGCCUGGUGAGGACACCUCGCUGAUGCUGACUCUCCGCCAGCCGAUGGUUCUGGAAAAAGGCCAGAGGUUCACCCUGAGAGACGGAAACAGAACCAUCGGCACCGGCCUGGUCACUGACAUCCUGACCGUUACAGACGAGGACACCGCGAACUGGGGCUGAAUGAAAUACCUACAGGAAGGGCUUUGGGGAGGAGGGUUAACUGAGGGGGCGGCUGGGAGGGGAAGUCUGUGUCUGUUCAGAUUUAUUAAUUCUAGAAGUACCCAUGAAUAUGCUCAAAUCUCAAACAUGAGAGGACUCAAAAACAUGCAUGGCUCUGUUGUGCACUUCAAACCCAAACAAAAUAUGUGAAGUUCAGCAGAGACUUUGUGCUUCAAGACGGUCAGAAUUAUGUCAUUUAUGUGAUAAAAUGUAUUUAAUAAGAACAA